AUGUCCAACCGAGAUAGGAUCGAGCAGGCCGGGAGCCAAAACACCUAUGACAUGAAGUACUAUGAGGAUGUCUCGUUGGACGAGAAGAGAGGCAUACAGAGCCGGCCCGAUGCACCGACUGACGAGGAGCUGAAGACCCUCCGACGCGUUGCGGAUCACAUACCCUUCAAGCUCUUCACCAUUGCCUUCGUUGAGCUCUGCGAGCGUUUCUCUUACUAUGGAUCUGUCAUUGUUCCCGGUGCUCUAGGAAUGGGACAGCAGGCUUCAACGGGUAUCACUACGUUCAAUCAGUUUUGGCAAUAUUUCAUGCCCCUAUUCGGUGCCUGGGUUGCAGACAAGUACUGGGGCCGAUACAAGACCAUCUGCAUUGCCAUCGCUGUCGACCUCGUCGGGCAUCUGAUUCUCAUUUCCUCGGCGAUUCCUCCGGUCAUCACCAAGUCGAAUGAAAACUCCUUGGCCGCGCUCCUCGUCGGAAUGAUUACCAUCGGAUUUGCGACUGGAGGCUUCAAGCCGAACAUCAGUCCGUUGAUCACCGAACAGCUGGAAAUCGACCACCUGACCGUGCGAACGAUGAAGGACGGCGAGAGGGUGAUCGUGGAUCCCGCCAUCACUAUCAACCGAGUGUACAACUGGUUCUACCUCUUCAUCAACAUCGGUGCUUUGGUCGGUCAGAUAUCGAUGGUGUACGCGGAGAAAUACGUCGGCUUCUGGCUCAGCUUCACGCUCCCGACGUGUAUGCUCGCAUUAUGCCCUCUGGUGAUGUGGUGGGGCAAGGGAAGAUAUCGCGAUCAGCCUCCGUCUGGAUCUGUAUUGGGUCCGGCUUUGCGAACGUUCUUCUUCGCGCAAAGGGGUCGAUGGUCGAUCAACCCAGUGAAAACCUGGCGGAACAUGCACGACGGUACAUUCUGGGAGAAUGUCAAGCCGUCUCGGUUCAGCGACGCAACUCGUCCGAAGUGGAUGACAUAUGAUGAUGCAUGGGUCGAUGAGCUGCGUCGUGGAUUUGCAGCAUGCGCUGUGUUCUCCUGGUAUCCGAUAUACUGGCUUUCUUACAACCAGUUGAACAACAAUCUCGUCUCUCAGGCGGCAACAAUGAAGUUAAACGGGCUUCCCAAUGAUAUUCUAUCUAAUCUCGACCCCCUGGCCCUGCUUAUCUUCAUCCCUCUCUGCGAUCUCGUGCUGUACCCCACCCUCCGCAAGAUGAAGAUCCGCUUCACGCCCAUCCGCAAGAUAACCUUUGGCUUCUUCACCGGAUCCGCGGCCAUGGUUUGGGCGUGCGUCCUCCAAUACUACAUCUACAAGAAGUCCGUCUGCGGCGACAACGCCUCCGGCAACUUGCCGAACGGCGAACCCUGUCCCAACGUCGACAUCCUGGUCUGGGCCCAGACCGGCGCAUACGUGCUCAUCGCCCUGUCGGAGAUCUUUGCCAGCAUCACCAGCUUGGAGUAUGCCUUCAGCAAGGCGCCGAAGAACAUGCGGUCCAUGGUGCAAGCUGUUGCGCUGUUCAUGUCCGCCAUCUCGGCUGCGCUGGGCCAGGCGUUCACUCCCCUGAGUGCGGAUCCGUACCUCGUCUGGAAUUAUGGCAUCGUAGCUGUCUUAGCCGCCGUAGCAGGCGCAAUCUUUUGGGUUCAGUUCCGCGGUUUAGACGCCGAGGAAGACGCCAUGAACGAGUUGCCCGAAGGUCGUGUUGGUGCUGGAACUGCUCCCAGUGGGGGUGUUUUGGGACAUGAGAUGAAUGAGUUGGCUGAGCCAGGAAAGAAGUACUAG